AUGCCACCCUCCUGGGCAGCAGUGCCCUGGGCCAAUCAGAGCCAUGCACAUGAGCUGGAGUUCGUGCUGCUGGGUUUUGCGCAUGUGCCUUCACUGCGCCCAAUGCUCUCAGCGAUCUUCCUGGCUAUCUUCCUGCUCACAUUGCUAGGCAACACACUCAUCGUUAUCCUCAUCAGCCUGGACGCAGGCCUGCGCAGUCCCAUGUACUUCUUCCUGCGCCAGCUGGCACUGGUGGAGAUCUGCUUUUCACUAGACGUGGCACCCCGUCUGCUGGUGACCCUGCUGCGGCCUGGACGUGAGGUGUCCCUCACAAGCUGUGCCCUGCAGCUGCUUCUUGUGCUGUCCUGUGUCACAUCUGAGUCCUUGUUCCUCACGGUCAUGGCCUGGGACCGCUUCCUGGCCAUAUGCAGGCCACUGCGCUAUGGUGUGAUCAUGAGCUGGAGGCUGUGCCAUCUGCUGGCCACUAUCUGCUGGCUGACAGGAGCCCCAGUGUCAUUGUUUUUGACCGUCUGGCUCUUCAGUUUUCCUUUCUGCGGGCCACGUGGCAUCAAACACUACAUCUGUGACAUAGCGCCUCUGCUGAGCCUGGUGUGUGCAGACACCAAACUCUAUGAGGCCAGUUUGUUCACGGCCACCAUGUUAGUUAACAUUGUUCCGGUCUGUCUCAUAGUCAUGUCCUAUACCAGAAUUCUGGUUACUGUCCUUCAGAUGCCAUCGGCCUCUGGGCGCCACAAGGCUCUGUCCACCUGUGCCUCCCACCUUGUCGUGGUUAUUCUGUUUUAUGGCACAACGGGGGUCAUUCACUUGCGCCCCAAGUCCAGCUACUCUCCCGAGAGCAAGCAAGUGGUGUCCCUGUCAUAUACCAUGGUGACCCCCAUGCUCAACCCCCUCAUCUACAGCCUGAGGAACAAGGAGGUCAAGGCUGCACUAGGUCGUCUCAUUCAGAGAAGAGCUACUUUUGUCUCCUGA